UCAACAGAAAAAGUUUGUAAUUUAUUUCCGCAAGUGAUAAACUAUAAUUAUUUUUGAUAUUUAUGUAAUUUCGAUUAAAUAAUAAUUUGAUAAAAUUUAAGUCAUCUCUAAACCACUUUAUAAAUAAAGUGCACAUAUUUUUUUACGGUGCCAUGCGUUCCUUACAACUUAUUUUACAAGUUUUUAUUGGAUGUUGUACGAGCGCUUUUCUUAUGGAAAUUUUAAUGGCAUGGGUUCCUCACAGUGCUAAUUUGAUUACAUUUCUACAGUUUUUCUUUAUCUCUUUACAUGGUUUAAUAGUAACUGUAAAAUGGGGAACGAUAAAACCUCAUAUUCCUCUAAAGCAAUAUAUAAUAUUAAUUGCAUUGUUUUUUGUUACAAGUGUUGCCAAUAAUUAUGUUUAUGCUUUGCAUGUUCCGUCUACAUUGCAUAUGAUAAUACGAUCAGCUUCAUCUCCAGCCAGCAUGUUCGUUUAUUGCUGUGUGAAAAAACAAAAGCCAAAACUUAAUAAUGCAAUAGGAUCUCUUUUGAUAAGUAUUGGUGUGGGGCUGGCCAUGUAUGGAGGUGCACCCACUGAAGAAAAUAAAGGGAAGUUCCUGUACUGGUCUAUUGGAGUCUUCAUUCUGUUGAUAACUUUGUUUACUGGUGCCUUUACUGGGUUGCAACAGGAGUUGCUUUAUUCAAAGUAUGGCAAACAUCCAGAUGAGAUGCUAUUCUACACCCACUGUCUACCUCUUCCAUUCUUCCUGACGAUUACACCACAACUUCACAGCACCACAAUAAGUCUGCCAAAAGAAAUAUGGUGCCUAAUAGCUUUAAAUAUCAUAUCCCAAUUUUACUGCACACAUUCUGUACAUGAAUUGGCAACUAAGGAGACUUCUGUGACUGUCACCUUCAUAUUGACUGUUAGAAAAUUUAUCUCACUACUUAUCUCAUCUGUAGUUUUUAAAAAUAAUGUAACGGUACUUCAUGUUUUUGGGUCCGCGUUUGUUGCUGUCGGUACAUAUGUUUAUUUUGACUUCUUUAGACGUAGAAAGCAAAGGCCGGUUAGUUUGAAAGAUCAAUGACGUAGAUGCAAAACUUUUGAUUUUAAAAAUAAUAAUCCAGCCCCUGUAGCGUGGCACGCGCGGAUGCGAAUCCGAUUUUAUCGUGCGAAAAACUAUCGCUGUUUCGUUUUAUUAUGACGUAAAAAUUAUUUAAUUUUUUUUACGUUUUAUAAAUAAUACAGGUAUUAAAGGCGCACGUAACGUACCUCUUUUACAUAUAUUAGACGUUUCGAAUCAUGUUCCAAUGAUCCUUGGUCACCAACCGACUGAAGAGCGACAUUGUAACAUAAUUUGAAACGUCCGCGAAAAUUAAAAACCUCUACAGUUUGUUUAUCACAUGUGGGCCGUAUGCUUGUUUGUCUACUUGGUAUAAAAUUAAACAGAAUGUCAACUGUUUAGAAUACCUCGUAAAUUACGAUGUUUAUCUCUGAGAUGGUACAUUAUGUAUGCAGUUUUUUUUUUGUUAUUUAAGGUAAGAUCUGUAAGUUUUGUUGGCAAGUUAAGUCCGUCCAUUAUAUAGCUACUGAAAAGUAACAAUAUAGAUUUAAAAUGAUCUGAAUGCACACAAAAUAGCAAAGCAAGAGACACCUAAUAAAUAAAAAAUGUAUGUAUCUUUAUAGUAUAAUAUCGACACAUUGUAUAAUAUUAAGAACAUUUUAUCAAAUAAAUAUAAAAUAUAAAAAGUCUUCCUUUUGUAGUCGAAUGAAAAAGAGAUCCAUUUAAUUAUAAAGAUUUUAUUUUCGACAACUUUACUGGUAUUAACUUUAAUUUAUACUAUUCAUUUUUCACUUUUUAUACACUUUAUUGUAUCAAAUAUUGUUAUACCAACAUCAUUUGUUUUUUAUUAAUAACAUAAUAAAACGUAUAAUU